AUGAGACAAUCUGCAGCCAUAGGUGCUAUGAUCACUGUUCUAGCCAUUGGUGUAGGGCCGUUCAUACAGCAAGAUAGUUACACCGACAAGGUUAACAUCGACACCCCUCCGACUACCGCCCGAAGAGAGGCGCUUAACGAAGGAAAGGCCAUUCCUGGUGUAGAUCCAGGCGACGUGCCAUUGACAUGGACCGGACCUCCUACAUCAAAAAUGCUGGCUGCUCUCUAUGGGUCCUUCUUUUCCCUCCUAGACACCAAUGAUGUGGAUACAAUGGAAUCCUAUACUUCGAUCAAGCCGGACUGUCCAACAGGGAACUGCGACUUCCAGCCAUUCUAA